UUUUCGGAGCAGGAGCAUCUGUUUCGUGUUCAAAAACCGGUAUCCGGCAUUUUAGUGUGUGUGUGCGCUUAUGUGCAUCUCUCUUACUCUGGGAAAGCGUGUUAUACAUGUAACGUGUGUUUUAGAAGUUUAGAUACAAUUUCAGCUAUGUUAAGUUUAAGUGGACUUUCUGUGGCACUUGUGUUCGCCUUAAUGCCGGGCAGCAGUGAAGCUUUAAAAGACGGAGAGUGUGAAGUGUGUGUCACCUUUCUGGGGAAGUUUCACCAGUCACUAAAAGACAAUAAUGUCCAGUUUACCAGUGAGGUCAUUGAAAAGGCUCUGAUGAAAGCCUGCAAGGAUGCGAAAGGAAAGGAAAACCGAUUUUGCUACUACAUCGGAGCAACGAGCGACGCCGCCACGAAAAUCGUUAACGAGGUCUCAAAACCGUUGAGUUACCACGUGCCGGUGGAGAAGGUGUGUGAAAAGCUGAAGAAAAAAGACAGUCAGAUCUGUGAACUGAAGUACGAUAAACAAGUGGACUUGAGCACCGUGGACCUGAAGAAGCUGAAGGUGAAGGACUUGAAAAAGAUUCUGGACGAAUGGGGCGAGUCUUGCAAGGGUUGUGCGGAGAAAUCGGAUUUCAUCCGUAAGAUCACCGACCUCAUGCCUAAGUACGCCCCGAACGCAGCCAAGGCACGGACAGACCUGUAAACUCUCUCUGUGGACUUGUGGGACCAAAGGCGCGUCAUCGCGGAUGUGAUUAUUUUUGCGCUGUGCGUCCUGAUGGGGCUUUGUUUGUCAGAUCGCCUGUUAAUCUAGUGGUAAACCUGAGGACUGCGACCAUUCCAUUCGUCCAUUAUUUUAAGGCACGCUGUACUGUAAAUACCCGUUAGACAACAUUUAUACUGUUUCAACCCAAAGUCCAUGUAUGAUAUAUAAUAACUCUCCUGAAUAGCGUACAGUUUGCCUAGUGUUGACUUUGACUUUCAUAAAUGCUUCAGGUGCUAACAUGGACUUCCAUUCCGCUGGUUAUUAAUUCAGAAAUUAGAAUAACCUCAUAAAAGGAUCCUUUUGUCUCAAAUGGGGCCAAGGCUGAACGAGAGAGCCGAGUUCAGACAUUUAUUUCAGGUUUACAGCGAAACAACCGCAACACGAAGGUCAGAGUCAAGAAACUGAAUGUGUAUCUAGAUGGUGAUGGGUAAAGAUCACAAGCCACUGUCGCCCUGUAGUUUACCUGUAGUUUCUUUUCAAAUGGAAUAGGGUUUUUUUUUUUUUUAAUUUGACUAUUAUAUGGAAGAGGAUGUGUGAGAUCCAAACUGAGUCAAGUCAUGCUGAUGUCACUGUAAAAGAUCUUUAUUAAGGUUGUAUUAUACUUUUUCAUUAAAAUAAGAAAACAGCUCUGCUUUCCAUUCAUUUGAUUUCCAGACGCGUCUUUUGUAAAGCGUCACUCGUGUGUACGAGGUCCAUCGAGAACGGAGUCCGUGCAAUGCUCGAAAGACGUCAAGUCGGCUGCGUCAGACCGGUUUACUCCUACGAUUUGUCCGUAGUUCCUACGAUUUUUCAAAACAAAAUACGGACUACGAAUUCUUGUCCAAAAACUACGAUUUAUGGCCGAAAUGUUGCCAAAUGGAUCGUGACUUACUUUAUAAUCAUAUUUAUUGUGGGAAUCGAACAUCGAUCGUAUAGUCAUGGGCGCGGCCAUGUUUAAUCACGUUUAAGCCACGUUUACCGUACGUUGCAUUGAAUGCCAUAAUUGAGUUGCCAUAAAUGCAUGUUCAGUUAUUAACCAAUGUCAAACUUUGUUAACUUGAAAUUAAACUUUUUUUGAUGUUGA